AUGGCGUUUGACAUGAACACAAUGAGCAGUUUGUUCGCCGCGCAGCCGCCGCCGCCACCGCAACAACAACCGCAACAACAACAACAGCAGCAGGCGGGCGUGCCGGCGGUGCCGCCGCCGCAAAACCUGUGGGCACUUCAGCAGCAGUUCGGCGCCGCUGGUCAAAUCGGCGUUGGCAAUCUCGGCGGAAUGCUGAGCCAGUUUCCGGCGCACAACAUGGCCAAUCAGCUGAUUCUUGGUGGUGGCGGUGGCGUUCCGCAACAACAGCAGCAGGCUCAGCAGCAAAUGUCGCAGGCGCCGAUCGCCGAGCCGCCUAAAGCCGACACAAUUCAGGGCAUCGGGGUUCUCACGUGGCUCUCAGCCAAAGCGGGUCUCAUCACGUGUAAGGACAAAAUGGUCAUCUCGUUUCAGCUCAAGGAUUUCUGUGAUCAAAUGCUCAACGACCUAACAUCUGUUCUCCGCGUCGGUUUUACGCUGUCGUUCCAAGCGGCGCUCAACGAGACGAGCGAGUACACGGCGACGUUGGUUCAGCCGAUUUAUGGCGCCGAAGCCGAUCUUGUGUUCCACAACUCGCCGGAAGUCGAUCUUGAGCCGACGAACUCGGCGGCGCCCAACUCGAAAGACGCCUAUUCGGUGUCGAUUGAGGCGCGCGCGAUUCCCGCGCUGUUGGCGAUCUUCCAGCGUCAUGGACUUCAGCAGAUUCAGCUCAGCAGUUUGCACUCGCAAAUGUCGAAUUGCGGUGACGAUGAGCUGUUCCGCUACGUUGGCACGUCGUCAUUGAAGCGUCGUCAGUUCGUCGAGCGGCGCACCCAUAUCUUCCGCCUCCAAAAUGACGACUCCAUUAUUCUUCAGUAUCCAUCGGUGUACGUUGCCGUCUAUAAAUGCGCGUCGUUUUUGCUUCGUCGUGGAGGCGCGACGGCGAUCCAAUCGCUGUUCGACUUCUACGUGAGCAACGAAAUCGCGCCGGAGAUUCGCGAGCACGUCGGCGAGACGCGUCAAGAGUUCUUGCAGCUCAUCACCGCGCACAGUUGGGUGUUCGCGUUGUUCCCGAAUCGCACGUACGUGUCGGUUCGCCGCAACUUGCCCAGAUACGACUAUCCGGAGUUCAUCAAACAACACUUUCCGGAGCUCGACAUUUCGCGUCAGAUGCGCAUGGGAGUCGCCGGAUACGGCCAACCGCCGCGCGGAAUUCAGCGCACAAUGUCGGUUCAGAUGCCGCCACAAUUCAACACGAACGUGCCGACGAACGGAGCGCAACGACAGCAGAGUAUGCUCCUUCAGCAACAGGCUUCAUCGCGUCCGAUUUCGUUGUGGGACUCGCAGAACUCGUUGAGCCAUCCCGCCGACCAAUGGAGCCCGCUGUUCUCGCCGACGACGUGGUCGAAUCAGGCGCGCGUGAUGCCGCCGUUGAUGGGCGCGGCGCCGAAUGACAACUUCCUGCUCGGAGGCGGCGCCGCCGCCGCCAACAUCAACACACUCUUGAGUAUGGGCCAUUUGAAUCCGAGAACGGUGAGCCGUGGAAUUCAGUCGGAUUUGUCGCCGGUGAUCGGUGGCAAUCCGAUCGGACGCGGCGGUUGUACGUGCCAAUGCCAGUGCGGACGCGGCGGUGCCGGUGUGAUUGGAAAUCGCGGAUCGUCAUCGAGAGCUUCCGGCGGUUCGGCAACGCCUCCCAGUGUCGACAGCAACAGUCCCUACGAGCGCUAUUCGCCAUUAAAUGGCAUCGGCUCGAUUGGAGAUCGCCUCUCGGCGCCGAGCACCACCGGCGCCACCAACAAUUCGGAUCUUUCGGUGGCUUCGUCGUCGGGACCGGCGACCGCCUCGUCGACGAACAGCCAAAGAUAUUACGAUCCGUUCGGCACCGCCGAUUUGCUCAACGGCUCUCGUUUGAGCUCGCUUCGCAUCUAA